AUGGUUGUCAAGCGAGAUUCUUUGUCCUGGACCGACUCGUCGGGGAAUAUAUACCACUACUACCAAAGGCCCAUGCUCAACGGUGUUAUCUUCAUCCUUUUGCAGGAGUUCUGUGAGCGCCUAGCUUUUUUCGGGAUAACGCCCAACGCCCAGACUUUCUUCAAGGAGUACUUGAACUACACUGACGCUGAAGCUAACUCCUAUAUAGCAACGUUCCAGGCAAUCCUUUAUGUCACACCGCUUUUCGCCGCGGUGCUUUCUGACACCAUCUUGGGUGUGUAUGUUACCAUUUUGUCCUUUUCUGUCGUGUAUAUGAUAGGUCUGAUCUUACUUCUUUUAUCGACGGUCAAGAGCAUCAGUGCACCGUGGAUGAUCCAUUUGUCUGUGCUCGUUCUCAUCACUCUCGGUGGUGGCGGUAUUAAGAGCUGCGUGAAUGUCAUGGGUGCGCAUCAGUUCCACCCCGACUAUCACAAAGAAAGCCUCACUAGCUACUAUACCUACUUCUAUGCGGCUAUCAAUGUCGGCUCGCUGAUCGGAGGUAUCGCAACACCGAUCGUUUUGCAAGAGGCUAACUUUACAGCUGCUUUCGCCAUCCCACUGGGGGCAUUCGUGGUGGCUACUGUCGUUUUUGUGUGCGGCGGUCUUCUUGGCCGAUUCGUUAAACCCAAGCCUCAAGGCUCAGCAGUCCUCAAGAUCUUACAAGUGAUGUUCAAUGCGAUUAAGAAGUGCUCUUUGGAGAAGAACAAGAAAACUCGGGGAGGUCAGUUCGAAGAUGGGUUCAUAGAAGAUGUGAAAGCAUUGCUCCGUUUGAUUCCAUUAUUCUCACUCAUUAUCCCCUUCGUUAUUGCUUACGUCAAUCUCUCCACUGCUUACCUCACACAAGCACAGAAGAUGGACAGGCGGUUGUUCAACUGGAAGAUCCCUGCUGCACUGAUGCAAAAUGUCGACCCGAUCGCCGUCGUGAUCAACUCUAUAUUAAUCAGCUCCAUUCUCUACCCACUCUUGAAGAGGCGUGGUAUUGUACUAUCGGUGCUCUUGAGGUCCUUCAUUGGAAGUGUUCUCGGUGUAGUUUCAUUGGUAUCCGCCCUCAUAGUCGAACUACAGAUCAAGUCAAGACCACUUUUCACUGUGUCGAUAUGGUGGCAAGUCGUGCAGUUCUGGCUCGUUGCAGCAGGCGAGAUUUUCCUCAUCUCAACAUCUUAUGAGAUUGCAUUCACAUUGUCACCAAGCUCGUUGAAGGCAGUCGCAUCGGCGGUGAAUUUGUUAUUCUUCGCCGUUGGAUAUGCGCUCUCCGGAGUGAUCUUCCAGCUAUGUGCUCCGUGGUUGCCCAAUUUCGAUCCGGCAAACCCGACUGUGAUAUCUCACAAGGGAGCCCAUUACGAAUACUUUUAUCUAGUUCUCAUCGCGCUGUGCAGCAUCGGAGCAGCUGCAUGCUUAGCACUCAUGCCUUACUUCAAGCGAGUCGCUAAGGCUAAUAGAGAACUGCUCGAAGCUGUUCGGAAGGAAGAGGUUACCGAGGAAGAUCCAGCAAAAGUCUGAAACGCUGCAGUGGAUUAGACCCUAGACUU